CUCGCGGCCGCACACACAUCCACACUCCUCGCCGGGCAGCCUCCCUCCCGCCCUCUUCCCCCUUCCCCUCUCCCUGCAGCCGCGUCCCCACUGCGCCGCCGGGGCAGCCCAGAGCGCGGCGCGCAAGGGCACCGGCGCCAGGGGCCGCGCACCUCGGGGCCGCGGCGGGCCCGGGUCCAGGCUCGCACCGGCGCUCUCUAGCUAGCCUCGACCCAGCUCAGGCAGCCAGCAUCCCGAGCCCGGCCCCUCCAGGCAUCACCCUCGGCCCAGCGAGAGGAUGAGCACCCCGGGCCAGGCUCCAAGUCGCCUCUCAACUUUGUAAAAGACAUGACUGGAGUGUGUCUGUGCGUAGCGCGGACAGGGAGCUGAUGCGGAGAGUCGGCCGGCUGCCCUGCCUCCUCCUUCUCCUUCUCCUCCUCCUCCCAGGGCCGCCGCCGUCGCAGACCUCGCGCGUGCACACACACGGCCCUCGGGCCGCGGUUCCGCGCUCCGGAUCGGGGGCUUGGAUGAGAGUUUUCCUUUCCGAAGAAGGCAGAGCCCGCGUGGAGCGCUGAGGGGCUCAGCCUCCACCCACGAGUCGCUAGUGCUGUCACGCUAGGGCUGGCCGGGAGAAGGGACCCGCUCGCCUAGCUUUGUUGUGGAAAUCCGGUUACCUGACUUAUCACCUAUCCCAUGGAUACCUUACUUGACUGGCCUUGAAGGUAUCAAUAGUGCCAUUGGACAUUGAUCAGUGUGGCCCCGGGGCUUUCAGAAUGACUGGAAGGUCAUGUGGCAUGAAUUUCCACCGGACAUCAAGAUCCCACCAGGGGCCUGCGCUGCUUGGUGGUCAGCACAUCCCUGCCAUCAGAGCCCACUCAGGCACCCCCUGCUCCUCUUCCUGUGUCAGCACGCCGAGCCCCACUCUGGGAAGUCUUGCUAACAGUCUUCACCUCACAAUGUCCUCGGGAGCAGGGAUGGCUCCUCAGAGCACCAUAGCCACGAGCCCCAUCCAUCUGCCGGCCCUGAGUCCUAGGAGACAGUUACUCACCAACGGGAAGCCUCAGUUCCAGGUCACCCAGGCUGGUGUCACGGCAGCAUCGCAUACCAUAAAGCCAAAGCAGCAAGAAUUUGGAGACCCCUUCUCUCCAAAUCCCGAGAAAGGGGCUCUUGGCUUUGGGCCUCAGUGCAAGUCCAUUGGAAAAGGCAGCUGCAACAAUCUAGUGGUCACCAGCAGUCCCAUGAUGGUUCAGCGACUGGCACCCAUUUCACCUCCAGCCAGCCAGGUCUCCACAGCAUGCAAGCAGAUCAGUCCUAGCUUACCGAGGGCAGUGAAUGCAGCCAACCUGAAUAGACCUCCUUCAGAUACCAGGUCCGUUAUUUUGCAAGAGUCUCUGGUGUCCACGACUUUGAGUCUGACAGAGAGUCAAUCAGCCUUGAGUGUGAAGCAAGAGUGGUCUCAGAGCUACAGGGCCUUUCCUUCACUUUCAUCUAGCCACAGCUCCCAGAAUGGCAUGGACCUAGGCGACCUUCUUAGCUUGCCUCCGGGCACGCCAGUUUCUGGCAACAGCGUCUCUAACUCGUUGCCACCCUACCUUUUCGGCAUGGAAAAUAGUCACUCUCCUUACCCCAGUCCUCGGCAUGCAGCGACCAGGCCCCACUCCACCCGCUCUAAGAAGAGAGCACUGUCCUUGUCCCCACUAUCUGACGGCAUCGGGAUUGACUUCAAUACUAUCAUCCGUACUUCACCCACAUCCUUGGUGGCCUACAUCAACGGAUCAAGAGCCUCCCCCGCCAACAUGUCCCCCCAGUCAGAGGUCUACGGGCAUUUCCUCGGUGUUCGCGGCAGCUGCAUCCCCCAGUCUUGUGCAGUGUCCAGCGGGCAGAAAGGCGUGCUGGUUGCCAGUGGAGGGCAUGCGCUGCCGGUCUAUGGAGAGGAUGGUACACUGGAGUAUGAACGCAUGCAGCAACUGGAGCAUGGGGGCCUGCAGCCUGGACCUGUCAACAACAUGGUGUUGCAACCUGGACUACCAAGCCAGGAUGGCCAGACGGCCAACAUGCUCAAAACAGAGCGCCUGGAGGACUUCCCACCCAGUGCCUUGGACCUACCCUCUGCACUGCCUCUCCCUCUUCCCCCGCCCCAGGGCCCCCCACCCCCAUACCAUGCCCAUCCACACCUUCAUCACCCAGAGCUCCUGCCUCACACCCAAUCGCUGUCCUUGGCCCAGGCUGGCCUGGAAGAGGAUGGAGAGAUGGAAGACUCAGGGGGUAAGCACUGCUGUCGUUGGAUAGACUGCAGUGCCCUUUAUGACCAGCAGGAGGAACUGGUGAGGCACAUCGAGAAGGUCCACAUAGACCAGCGCAAGGGGGAAGACUUCACGUGCUUCUGGACUGGCUGCCCUAGAAGAUACAAGCCUUUCAACGCACGAUAUAAACUGUUGAUCCACAUGAGGGUCCACUCCGGGGAGAAGCCCAACAAGUGUACGUUUGAAGGCUGCAAGAAAGCCUUUUCCAGGCUGGAGAACCUCAAGAUUCACUUGCGCAGCCACACGGGUGAGAAGCCAUACCUGUGCCAGCACCCGGGCUGCCAGAAGGCCUUCAGCAACUCCAGCGACCGUGCCAAGCACCAGAGGACACACCUUGACACUAAACCUUACGCCUGUCAAAUUCCGGGAUGUACAAAACGCUACACAGACCCAAGCUCCCUCAGAAAGCACGUGAAGGCACAUUCUUCCAAAGAGCAACAAGCAAGGAAAAAGCUCCGGUCUAGCACUGAGCUCCACCCAGAUCUCCUCACAGACUGCCUUGCAGUGCAGCCCCUGCAGCCAGCCUCUUCCCCCAGAGACACUGCUGAUCGCACCGUGGGACACUCCCCUGGGCCGGGUCCUGAACUCUAUUCAGCUCCCAUUUUCGCCAGCAAUCAUUCAACCCGAAGUGGAACAGCUGCUGGGGCCGUGCCACCCCCACAUCCUGUCAGUCACCCUUCUCCGGGACAUAAUGUACAGGGGAGCCCCCACAACCCCUCCUCCCAGUUACCUCCACUCACAGCUGUGGACGCAGGCACUGAGAGGUUUGCACCUCCGACUCCAUCUCCUCACCACAUCAGCCCGGGAAGAGUUCCAGCUCCCCUGUCACUGCUACAGAGAACACAGGCUCCCCACACCCAGCAGCCACCAGGCUCGCUCCUGAAGCCCUACCAGCCAGAAACCAGCUCUUCUUUUCAGUCAAAUGGUAUCCAUGUCCACGGAUUUUAUGGCCAGCUGCAGACAUUCUGCCCCCCGCAUUAUCCUGAUUCCCAAAGAACUGUGCCUCCCAGCAGCUCCUGCAGUAUGGUGCCUUCCUUUGAGGACUGCCUGGUCCCCACGUCCAUGGGUCAAGCCGGUUUUGAUGUUUUCCACAGAGCAUUCUCAACACACUCAGGCAUCACAGUGUACGAUUUGCCUUCAGCUUCCUCGAGCCUCUUUGGGGAAUCUCUUCGCAGUGGCCCUGAAGAUGCCACGUUCUUGCAGCUCAGUGCUGUGGACCGCUGUCCGAGCCAGCUCUCCUCUGUGUAUACCGAAGGCUGAAAGCCCCCGGGCUUGUCCUGCGCACUUGGGACCUCUGAGUAACUCACCACCUCCUAUUUUCAUAUUCUCACAAGCCGUGUGAAGAACGUCAACCAAAUCCGUGGAGCCAGUAGGGUUGCUAGGACUGCGGCAGGCAGGACUGGAUGGUCAGAUCUGGCUUUUCAGAGAUGCUUGCACCGCUUCCCUCAAUGUGCUGGGCCAGGUGACCAGCAGGAAUUUCUUCUCAAAGGGAAUUUAGAGUCUCACUUUUAAGGUUACUUCCAGGCUGUCGGCUCGCAAAAGACACCAAUGAAUAUGCACAAGAAUGGGAUGACCCUUACUAAAGACUCUCAGAGGAGAGGACAGCUAGGUACCAGAGGCAAAUGUGUGUCCUUGCCCAUGUUUUUGUGGCUGAGGGAUGCACAGCCAUUGAACAGUGGGGGAAAUCCGUGUCCAAAGCAUGGUGUGCCUUGGACUCUGCAACUCCUGGCUUUACCAUUUGUCUUACAUGCUAACUAGCUGCUUCUCGGUUGCUUUUCCAAUGGCAAGAUAAGGUUUUAUAUUCGGUAACCUUCUUUGUUUUUGAACUUUAAAGACUUGGUAUUUACAUCUACUUUUAAAGGAAAAAUAUUUAAAGGUUUAUUCUUUUGAUAGACGUCAUUACCAUUUUAAUCAGCCCCAGGUACAUGUAUUUUAUCACAGCUGUAGCUCUUCCUGGCCUAGUUUUGCAGUUUAGUAAAGGUUAUCUGAGGGAAACAGACUAGUUAACACACACACACACACACACACACCUGCCUCCAGAAUUAUUGCAAGAACCCUCAUAUGCUGAGUAUAGGGUAUGCACACCUAUAAUCCCAGCCCUUGGAAGGUACUCUUGAGUUUGAAGCUACCCUGGUCUACACAGUGAGUUCCAGUGCAGUCAGGGCUAGAAAGCAAAACCCUGUCUCAAGAAAAAUACCUCUCAUCUGUGAUAGCUUAGUGGUUCCUCCUUGGAAGCCUUUUCAUUUGAAGGGUGCAUGCACGACCUUUGCUCUCUUGCUCUACCUGGGACAAAACAGGACUCAUAGAGUCAAGUGGGUGGGUUCGUGCAGAAAGCCAAACGCAAGGCACCUCUUGUCCAGUCCUUCUGUGUGGCUCUGCCCAGUUCCUUACAGUGAUCCAAUCAUCUGCCUGUCUUCUAUUCUGUUUUGCCCACUAUUUAUACAUUCUCCCUCCCUUUUACCUGACUAUGGUCAGACAUGCUGACUCUCCACCAAAUUUUAUCAAACUUUAUCAGGUUCAAAGAAGACAGUGCUUUGGAACUCUGCUUCAGAGGCCUGGAGUUCUUCACAGGAUAAAGCUGUGAUAAGCCUAAACAAGACAUCAUUUUCUAGUGACAUUUUUAGGAAAAAAAAAAAAAACACUUUAAAAGGCCCUGUGUCCUCAGGAAAAGGAUACACAAAUCAGCCAGACUCCAUAUAAUAACCUGGUCAGUUCCAGCAUUCUGGGUCACUCACAUUUUAGAAUUUUUUUUCUCCUUAAAAAGAUUGUUUUAAAUAGAACUAAAGCAAAAUUCUUCAUGAAACUGGGCUCAGGAUCACUUUCAAUAAGACAGUUAAACAGCUCAGUGCUGGAUGUGGGUCCUGAGACUGCUCAUGUCCUCAUGGACAGGCUCUGAGCCUGGCUCCGAAUCAGAAGAGUUCCACCUCAUACCCUGCUUCAUUUUAACAUGGCACUGAAUACUAAAUGGGACAGAUGAAGAACCAAGAGUGGGUUCUGUUUUCUUUUCUUCUUUUCUUUCUUUCUUUUUUUACAGUACAUUGGUUGGUCUCGUGUUGCCAUAUUCUUGGGGACAUUGUGCAAGCUUCUAAGUCACAAAACUGCAAAUUCUCUCUGUUACUCAGAGCUUUUAGGAAGGAAUGGUGUUUGGCUUCCUUCGUAGGUGAGCUCUGAAGCUGCUAGAAACUACUGUGCUCCAGAGCUCCUGUGGUGUCACACUUGGUCAAAGCACGAACACACACACUCCAGACACUGGCUUAUUUGAUAGCAGCCCUCGUCUGAGCUCUGUCACCCUCUAGAAAGAAAAGAGACCCCACUCUCAAGAGAAGCGUCUAUCCAUUCUUAAAGCUUCUACACGACGCUCCAAGCACGUUUCAUUAGGAUAAUGAGGAAGGGACAGAUGAGAGGCACUGUGGUCUUACAGCCCAUCUCUUCUACUCUGCCUUAUGGAUGUGUAUAGAAAGGAUUGAACCACAGACCCUGCAUGACAUCUCUCCCUGCAGUGAAGGCCUGGGAGCCACCCAUGGUGGCUUUCCAUGUGACACCGCCUCUCCGAGUCCUCUAAGUAGGAAGGAUCCUUGGAGAACCUGGUGUCAUGAGGGUCUUCUUCUGGUUCAGACCUCUAGGCUAGCCCCAAAUCCAGCCCCAGAGGGACGUUCUUACUCUCACAAAGCAUGAGCAGAGGUAGGCCCCACGCGGCCCCUCAAAGCCUCUCCAGAGUAUUGACGAUAGCCACUGGUCUGGGGACAGGGCCUAGAGUCAUGACACAUACUGGCUCCCUCACAUUGUACAGACAGUCUGUCCUUAGGUUCCAGAAUUUCUCUUCAGCUCGAAAUGUGUUCUUUGCCUUCCCAGUUGCAUCUGUGUUUUGAAACAAUGAAAACAGAGCUUGAAAAACAUAACUUCCCCUCCAUUCCUAGGCAUUUUAAUCCUGAUGGGUAGCCAUUUUCAUAAACAUCCAAAUGGGAAUUAUUAAUUCCGCUUUUAAAAACAAAAACACAAGCAAUAAUAAAAAACAAGUGCUGUUGAAAACACACACAACACAAAGCCAAUUAUUUUAUUCCAUUAAAAAAAAAAAGGUCAGUAUGACUAGAGACCUAUACCUUCAUCCAUUGUCUUAACUCCCUAAAGGAACUACUUCUAAGUGUCACUUGCAAUUUACCCUCUGAUCAGCACUUAAAUGUCAUUUAACUAUUCCCUGACCCUGUGAGAUACGGUCCCUUACACGGGUCUCCACCACGUGGUCCAGGUGAUUAAGUGGAAAACAAGGUAUUUGGUAGACCUCACCAGAAAGUCUCCUGACAAGAGUGUUGGUUACGUUCAGUGUCCUCAAGUGGCCAUCUGCCAAAUGCACUAGUUCACUAAUGCAAGCUUAGGACAGGGCUAACCCUGUUACAGAGCUCACGUCCCCUUCCCAUCCCCUUAUUGCCUGGAAGUAUUGACAAAGUUCAGUUUUAUUAUUAGGUGUUUGAUUUCAUUUGACUGUUUAGAUAAAUGUUGCUAUUACCAUGAAUAAAGUAACAGAGACAGAGAAAACUAAACUCACAUGUUCAAAUGAAGAGAUUUAUUUUGAACAGACAGAGAAGCGUCCUCUGUAAUGUUGCUGACAUAAGGCACUUUGGGGGGAAAAAGUGGAAAUAUGUUUUCCAUAAAUCACAUAGGCCCUUGUACAUUGUUCUGCACACUCAAGUAGAGAAAUGAGCUGUGUAUAUCAUACUGGAUAUGGGGCCAGUUUGACGGUAGGGGCACAUGUGGUGCUUAUUGUCAUAAAUCUUUUAAGGAAUUAGGUACACUUUUUUCUAUUAAUAUGUAUAGUUUUACGAUUUGUCACAGUUAUGUUUCAUAUAAUCAUAAGUUAUUUUGUCUUGUUUUAUGAAGUCCUUUUUUUUAAUGUCAAAAGUAAAAUGAAGGGAUUGUAUACUUGGCACAGAAUAAAACUGGAAAUAGAGGGUGCCCCUCCCGCCUGAAGCGCUCCUUCAGCCCGCCGGUUUAAAACACAAUGGUAACCAGCGUUGUUUGUUUGUUUGUCUUAUUGUUCUGUUCUGUUCUGUCACCAGCCUCCUCUGUAUUGGGGAUGGUGAUUAUAAUUAAAAGCAGAUGGGGGGAGGGGUCCAAGGCCAGCUUUAAAACGCCGCAUUGCUUUGGGCCAGAACUGAAGCCUGGAUUUAAUUAUAGAUAUGAGGACGAAAUGGCAGUAAAAAUGAAUGUCUCCCUGAAUCCUUUACAUGUUGGGAGUGUCCAUAAAUAAAACAUGAAGUUUUAUUUCAUCACAUUUAAUUAAAGCUUUUAUACAU